AUGUCCUCGAGUGCCGAGUACCGUACGCAGCAGAUGAUGAUGGCACCGCCGCCGCCCGUCCCAGCCACCAACCGCCGCCUCCACAAGCGCGACAACUACGACGGCCCCAAUCUCGCCGUGCUCAUCCCCGUCAUCGUCAUCCUCACCCUCAUAGCCGUCGUCUUCUUCGGCUGGCUAGGCGUGCCUUGGCCCAGAAUCAUGGCGUGGUGGAAGCGCAAGCGCACGCGCACAGCCGCGACCCCCAAGGAGGACCACCACGACCACGACCAAGAGUUGCAACACCAAAGCCCAUCUGGCCGCGCCGAGCCGCAGCCGCAGCCGCAGCCAGGCUCGCGCCUGUCCUACGCAAAGGCCUUUGAGCGGAGCCACAUCGACGCUCUCAAGCUGCCCAGCGUUGGCGCCGACCCCAAGCCCAAGACUGCCAAGGAACCUAGCGAGCUGCGCUCCAACGUCGACCGCGUCCUAGAAGGAGAAGAGGCAAACCGCCCGCCUGCUCGAGCGUCGGCCGAGGCCCGACCAAGCGGUUCCCUCACGCCCGAUUUGGCCACGGGCCAGAUGACACCCGGGCAGCAGAGCACGCUCAGUGCGGUGCCCGAGAGGAGAGCCUCGCCCUGGGACCCUACGAGGAAUCCCCAUUGA